ACCUGGUACAAUCACCUCGGAGAACUACAUUUUUACCUGGACAACUCGGAGCAUUAAACAAACCACACCCACAAAUGCAAGAUCCAAGUGAUACCCACCUGGUCAAACCAUGCGAGAUAUGUGGUGAUGUUGGCUUUGAGGAUCUCAUUAGAAUUUGCUCUAAGUGCCAUAUUUCUCGUGAACAUAUUUAUUGCAUGGAGCUUGGUUUCGAGAAGAUCAAAGCAGCCAGUGAUUUUGUUUGUGAGACAUGUAUGAGGGGAAAUAUUCUGGAUUCUUCAAGAGAUCACCUGCAGAGAAACAUUCCCCACAAAGUGUGUUGUGAUCUAAGGAAACAUGUUACUAGCAAAAGGCAAAAGGCGGUUGCAACUGGGAAAGUAAAGUUCCUUUCCAUGGAGGAAGUCCUGAGGAUGUCAUCAGGGUCUCCAAAAAAUGAAUCUGUUCCAUCAAACUCAAUUGCAUCUCCGUCCCAGAGCCAGAGGAGGCCCAUGGCCUCUAAAAUUUUCAAUCCUGAUUUCAACCCAAUGAGGGUGAAAUCAAAUCCUAAUUUCACACAAUCUGGAUUCGUGAAACCUCAUGGACACAGUGGCAUGCAAAGUAGCUUGAAAGAUGGUCAACAGGCAGCCAAAACAUUAAACAAUUCAAAAGUCUCUGAAGAAAAGGCUCCUGAGACUUCUCCAAAGCAAUACAAUUGCAGAGCAGAGUCUGUGCCUUCUAAGUGUCCUAAAGAAGUCCAAAGUUUCAGUGCAAAUUCAGAGAACACAAUUAUGAAGGCAUUUGCAUCGUCAACAUCAGUGCCUUGUCUAUCUAAUACACGUACAGAAAAAAGGACCCUUGUUGUUCCUAAUGAUGCUUGCAAGGAACAGCCAGUAGACGCCCUUAAACCUGCUAAAGAGCUCAAAAUUUUUACUAUGAAGAUAGAGAAGCGUAAGAGAUUAAGCAGGUCCUCCACCUCAAGACCUCUGUCUACUAUACUCAAUUCAGUUGGCUUUUCAGGUGAUAACUUUCAUGCUACAGCUGACCCUAAGAGUCCUGAUAAUGAAGGAAAAGAAGCUUCCGGCAUUCAACAUAAACUUACCCUGUAUUGGCCAUGGCUUCCUGCUCAAUAUGCUACUUGGAGGGGAAGCUUCAAAUUUAUCAAUGCUGCAAUAUCAGAUGACCUUUAUGGUGGUUUCCUGGCUCAACCUCCAUGCAGAGUCCAUUGCAAAGCAUAUGAGCUUGGACAGAGGAUUCCCAUGGUCAUUCAGGUUGAAUUGCUCCCCUGUCACCAUUUUCAGACAGAUUUAUUCCAUAAUGAUUUUCCUGAUAUUCGUGACAUUGGACUGUAUUUUUACCCUGAGGAUAAUAUCAAGAGGUCGAAAGAGAACUACACUUAUCUGUUCAAGCUCAUGGAGAAAGAAAAUUCAGUACUGAGAACUGAUAUUGAUGGUGUAGGGUUGUUGAUAUUUACAUCUAAUCAGCUUCAAGAAGAUUCCAAGGAUGUAUGCAGAUGGAUGGAGACAGAGUUCCUCUUGGGAGUGUUCUGCGAUGUACAUAAUAAUUAUCAAACUCUUCAAAAGAUGGACAAUGAUAUGGAUGCUGACAUGGACAUUGACAUGGUAGGACAUAAUUAUCAAAUUCUUGAAAAGAUGGAAGAAGAUAUGGACGGUGACAUGGACAUUGACAUGGUAGGCGGAAAGACUGUGGGAAUUGCUGAUGUGGUUGUUUCUAAAGAUCUAUUGAGGAAUAUCUGUGGAAGGUCUAAGAAAGGAACUAUCGGUGAGCUCCCAUCACAAAGUUCAGAUGACAACUUUUCAACUGUUUCAGGACAUAUGGGUGCUCCCAAGGAAGUAUUGGUGGAUACACUUCGAACAUCUGCUGCUUUAUUCCAUGGCUCUUGCCCUUUAGAGGUCAAAACUGAGAUUGAGGUUGAAUGUAAUAAGCCGGAUAUCAGCAAGGAGCUUCAUACCACAUUUUCUGUCAAAAAGGAGGCACCACUGUCCUGGAGGCCUCCCCCUUCAAGCUGGGUUAAGUUGAAUAUAGCAGGAUCAAAGGCUGAUACCAAUGCUGCUGCUGCCGCUGGCGGGAUAAUUCGUGAUGAUUCAGGACAGUGGAUUCUUGGCUUCAAUCUCAACAUCGGUGCAUGCACACGUUUAGGGGUAGAAUUAUGGGCACUGUUUCAUGGAAUGAAGCUUCUUUGGGAAAAAGGGUAUAAGAAAGUAGUGGUGGAAUCUACCUCCCUUCAAGCUGUGGAGUGUGUGAAGGUAGUUCCCUCUCAAAUGGAUCGUCACUGUGCCCUCAUUGAAUUGUGCCGAAAUCUGCUCAAACGAAAUUGGAACUGCACUGUUAAUCAUAUUCAACCAGAAGAGAACUUGUGUGCAGAUUGGUUAGCAGCUCAUUCUGAUGGCCCCUCAAUGGAUUUGACUGUUUUCAACACCCCACCCCCUAAACUGAUUCCCUUUUUGUAGACAUUGAUUAUCCAUCUACCCUAGGAUGUAGCAGCAAACUACACUACGACCCAUUUAAAAGAGGAAAAGGAAACACAGACAGGUAGAGUAGUCAGUUAUAGGUUGCCACGGAAAUACACAUAUUUGUAAAGCUUUGAUGUUGCCCCUCUGGCUAUACUUGCAACCAUGCAAAUCAUAGUUAUCUGCAGAUUUAGAUUUAAAUUUAGAUUUGGUUGUUCUUUAUUGUAAAAGAGAAACAUGAACUCGUUGUAAUAGCUUUCCUGCCCCUUUGAUUUCUU